AGACUAUAGACCAUCUCUACAGCACUUUCUGAACUAGUGAAGAAAAUGUUUUGCUCGUUUGUCAUUUGCUGUUUGUGUCUGCUUGGUGUGUUUGCUGAUUCAGGUGUAGUGAAGUCAGUAAUGGAGGGAGACUCAGUCACUCUGGAGUCUGGUGUUGCUGAACUAAAGGAAGAUGAUGUGGUGACGUGGAAGUUUGGACAUAAAAACACUCAGAUAGCUCAAAUGGAUCUAGAUUCUGGAACCUCCUUCACAUUUGAUGGUGAUGCUGUGGGAUUCAGAAACAGACUGAAGCUGGAUAAUCAGACUGGAUCUCUGACCAUCAUGAACACCAGUACAGCAGACUCUGGAGUUUAUCAAAUAACCAUCAGCGGCAAGAAAAAACCAACCACACACAACUUCAGUGUUACUGUAUACGCUCGUUUGCCUGUUCCUGUCCUCAUCAGAGACUGUUCAGACUGUUCUUCCUCCUCCUCUUCAUCAGUGCAGUAUUGUUCAGUGGUGUGUUCAGUGGUGAAUGUGAGCGCUGCGAGUCUCUCCUGGUACAAAGGAAACAGUUUAUUGUCCAGCAUCAAUGUGUCUGAUCUCAGCAUCAGUCUCUCUCUACCUCUGGAGGUGGAAUAUCAGGAUAAAAACACCUACAUCUGUGUGAUCAACAACACCAUCAGCAGCCAGACCAUACAUCUGGACAUCAACACACUCUGUCAACCAUGUCCAGACUCUGUUCAAUGUUGUGGUCCUACUGAAGCUGGGAUCCGACUAUUUUUGUCCGCUUUGGUGUGUGUGGCUGGAAUUUCAGUUCUGGUUUAUGACUUUAGAUCUAACAGGGUUGAACGGGACAAAACAUUAGACUCUCAACAAUAAUGAAUCAUAUAUUUUCCUGGUAGAAACCUAUGGAGUGAUUUUGGUUCCACAGGAAUUAUUUGCUUAGAUAACU